AUAAAAGCAGCAUUUUUUUCACCUGUAGAUUGUAAAGUUUUGGCCUUUUGGAAAGCCGCAUCAGUUCUCGUGUUUCUUUUUUUUCGUUCUUGGGCCAUUCAUUGGGGCAGGUUGGCAGAUCUUGGUCUGAACUCUGAAAGAAGGAAUCAGUCCCAUCAGACCAUUUGUUCAUCGUCUCCAUAUAUUUUUCUUCGCUUCGGAUCUCUUCAUCUUCGUUGGGUCACUGUCUCUUGCUCUGCUACACCCAUCAGCUUUCAGGGUUAGUCUUCAGUUUGGUUCAGAAACCAUGUCGAGGAAGAUGCUUGUUGAUGGAGAAAUCGGUGACGAGACCACCCACUACGAUUUUGAUUUGUUCGUCAUCGGUGCCGGAAGUGGCGGUGUUCGUGCGGCUAGAUUUUCGGCUAACCAUGGAGCAAAGGUCGCUGUUUGUGAGCUUCCAUUUCACCCUAUCAGCUCCGAAGAUAUUGGAGGAGUUGGUGGAACCUGUGUUAUCCGUGGAUGUGUUCCCAAGAAGAUUUUGGUCUAUGGGGCAUCUUACGGUGGUGAUAUCGAGGAUGCCAGGAAUUUUGGAUGGGAAAUAAAUGAGAAUGUCGACUACAAUUGGAAAAAGCUUUUACAGAAGAAGACUGAUGAGAUACUAAGGUUGAAUAAUAUUUACAAGCGGUUAUUGGCAAAUGCUGGGGUGAAACUGUAUGAAGGGGAGGGAAGAUUGGUCGGUCCAAAUGAAGUGGAGGUGAGACAAAUAGAUGGUACUAAAAUAAGCUACACCGCCAAGCACAUACUGAUUGCAACUGGCAGUCGGGCACAAAAGCCUUCUAUUCCUGGACAUGAACUGGCUAUAACUUCUGAUGAAGCUUUAAGCUUAGAAGAAUUCCCGAAACGGGCUGUUGUCCUUGGAGGAGGGUACAUUGCUGUGGAAUUCGCAUCAAUAUGGCGUGGAAUGGGUGGUACAGUAGACUUAUUCUUCCGGAAGGAGCUUCCACUAAGGGGUUUUGAUGACGAGAUGAGGGCACUUGUUGCCAGAAAUCUCGAAGGAAGGGGGAUUAAUUUACACCCGAGAACAAGUCUGACUCAGUUGAUAAAAACAGAGGAUGGAAUCAAGGUCAUAUCAGACCAUGGGGAAGAACUGGUUGCAGAUGUUGUACUCUUUGCUACCGGGAGAAUUCCGAACACAAAGAGAUUGAAUCUGCAAGCUGUUGGUGUGGAACUUGAUCACAUUGGAGCUAUUAAGGUUGAUGAGUACUCACGCACCAAUAUACAGAGUAUAUGGGCCGUGGGAGAUGCCACAAACCGAAUUAACCUCACACCGGUCGCGUUAAUGGAGGCUACUUGCUUUGCGAACACUGUUUUUGGUGGCAAGCCUACUAAACCAGACCACAGCAAUGUAGCCUGUGCCGUCUUUUGCAUUCCGCCGAUGUCUGUGGUCGGACUGAGCGAAGAAGAGGCGGUAGAGCAAGCAACUGGCGACGUUCUGGUUUUCACCUCGAGCUUCAAUCCCAUGAAGAACACCAUUUCUGGGCGGCAGGAGAAGACGUUGAUGAAGAUAAUAGUCGACGAGAAGACGGACAAGGUUCUUGGAGCAUCCAUGUGUGGCCCUGAUGCACCUGAAAUCAUCCAGGGUAUUGCGAUUGCGCUCAAGUGCGGAGCAACCAAAGCACAAUUCGACUCCACUGUCGGGAUACACCCAUCGGCGGCGGAAGAGUUUGUGACGAUGAGGUCGGCGACUAGACGCCAUCCCUUCAACCCCAAACCUCAGACCAAUCUAUGAACCUCCUCCUCCUCUUCCACCAAAAUUGCCAUCAGCAAAAUCUGAAAACACUCUUUUCCAUUUUUCCAUGGUUUACAUAAACUGAGUUUGUCUUUGGUUUUACAAACCAAUACCCAAUAAAUUUAUUUUAAAAAAGAUCAUUACUUUGCGUU